AUGGGAAUAUUUAAUAAUUUAUCAGCUGUUACCAUAUUUCUCCUUUCAUCAGCCAUUACAACACUAGGCAAUAAAUUUUUAGUAAAAAACUUAAAUUUCCACAGACAUCAAUUACUAAUCAUACUACAAAACAUUAUCAUAGUUUCAAUAUUAGUUUGUUAUAAUUUCUUAGUAAAAAAUAUUAUUAAUUUUAAGAGGUUCAAAAAGUGGUGUAUAAUAACAGUGUUCUUUUCAGUAAUGAUUGUAUCUAACAUGAAAGCAUUGUCUUGCUUUGAUGUUUCAAUUUAUACCCUUUAUAAGAACAUUUCUAUAGUUUUUGUUGCUAUUACCGAAUAUGCUUUUUUUGAUAGAAAACUUAGUCCAAUAGGAUACCUUUCUUUUAUUUUAAUAGUUGGAAGUUCUUGGACUGGUAAACCUUUAAAGAAAUCUGAAUUAGUGGGGUAUCUUUGGAUGAUUAUUAACAUUUUUAGCACCACUGCCUUUGUUUUACUUUUAAAGCAUAUAAUAGAUAAUGAAUCUAGUAGAUUAGAAUGUGUUUUCUUUACUAAUUGUUUAAGUAUUCCUUUUCUAUUAAUAUUAUCUUAUUUUAUUGAUGAUUAUAACAAACCUUUAAAUUUAACUCCUUUUGUUUAUUUUUUGAUUUUAUUUACAUCUUUGACUGCUUUAAUAACCGCAUUUUCAACUGCAUGGGUACUUAAAUUAUUGACUUCAACAAUGUUUUCAAUUGCUGGAGCUAUAAAUAAAGUUAUAGUUACAGCUGCCGGAAUAGUAAUAUUUAAAGAAGAUUUAGAAUUUAUAAAAUUGAUAAGUUGUUGUGUUGCUACACUAAGUGCAUUGCUUUACUAUUAUGAUGCUGUAAAAUAUAAAAGACAAAGUUAA